AUGGAGCGGACGGUCAAUUCAUUUUUGCAGCAUCUGGUCGUGGAGCGAGGUUUUGCCCAGAACACGCUGGAUGCGUACAGCAGCGACCUGAACCAGUUCCGGGCGUUCGUCAAGGAUAAUCUGGAUGCUCCCGCCGAGCAGGAAACCUGGCGGUUGGUCGACAUCAACCUGCUGAAUUCCUAUAUCACCGACCUGCGGGACAACCGCGGAUAUCGGGAGACUACCACUGCCCGCAAGGUGGCGGCAGUGCGAUCGUUUUUCGGGUAUCUGAGCCGGAACGGGCUGAUCACGGACGACCCUACCGAGAACCUGGGCUCACCACGCGUGGGCCGCUCGGUGCCCAAGUUCAUCACCGAGGACGAAGUGAAGCAAUUGCUGGGCACCGCCGCCGAUACCGGCACGCCGGAGGGCCGCCGUGAUGCCAGCAUUCUGGAACUCCUCUACGCCACCGGAUUGCGCGUCAGCGAGAUGGUGGGCCUCAACGUGCAGGACAUCGACUUUGAAGAGGGUUUUAUCCGCACCUGGGGCAAGGGGGCCAAAGAACGUAUUGUCUACGUGUACCCGGAGGCCCUGUCCCAUCUCCGCGCGUACAUCGGCGGGGCCAGGGUUGAACUGCUGGGCAACAAACGCGGCGAAACCGCCCUUUACGUCAACCAGCGCGGCGAACGACUGACCCGCCAGUGGGUGUGGAACAUUCUGAAGGCCAGCGCCAAGAAGGCGGGCAUAGACACCAAGAUCACGCCCCACACGUUGCGCCACAGUUUUGCCACUCACCUGCUGCAAAACGGCGCCUCGUUGCGCCACGUCCAGGAACUGCUGGGACAUUCCAGCAUCUCCACCACGCAGGUCUACACUCACCUCACCGAUUCCCACGUGCGCGAAGAAUAUGAACGCAGCCACCCCAGGGCGUGA